AUGCCCUGCGCCGAGACCCCCGGCACCGCACGUGACCCGGUCAUCUGGCGUGUUUCCCGCUGGAACGUCACGUUGUCGCAGCUCCAGUAUGUAACUUUCACCAUCAUAGGCGUGGCGCUCCUCUGGCCCUGGAACUGUUUUCUCAGUGCGUCGGCGUAUUACGGCGAGCGGUUCGCCCACUCGCCCGGCUUGAUGAAAAUAUACUCCUCGACGAUGAUGUCGGUGUCGACCGUGACGUCGACCACGUACAAUUACUACUUAUCGCAAAAGCAGACGGGUGUCGAUUACAAGCAUCGUAUAAACAUGGGCUUGGGCCUCACCAUCGCAGUGUUCGUGGUGAUGGCCUUUUCGUGUGUCGCAAGCAUGUUCAUCCGGAUGCAAGACAAUGUGUUUUUCGUUGGGCUCAUGGGCAUGGUGCUUGUCAGCGCCAUGGCCACGUGCUUGGCCCAGAACGGCACCAUGGCCACCGUCAAUGUGAUGGGCCACAUCUACACAAACGCCGUCAUGGUGGGGCAGGCCAUUGCCGGCAUUCUCCCUUCGGUUGCCCUCAUUGUGUCGAUUUUGGUGGUGGGCGACAACGGCCAUGGAAAGGCCGCGCCAGACGAGGCCCCGUAUGUCGACAAGAACUUUGGCUUGUUCGUGUACUACAUCACCGCCAGCUUGGUCUCGAUGGCGUCCAUAGCUUUGUUGGCUCUCAUUGGCUGGCACAAGUCGGACUCCAUGUAUAGAGCCUUGACGGACUUGGUGUCUGAGGAAGAGGGCCUUGAGGCCGAGCAGCCAGAGGACGUCCCUGUGCAAACGACCCACGUGCCCUUCCACGUCCUAUGGUGCAAAUUGAAGGCUAUUGUGCUGACGAUCUUCCUCACAUUUGCCGUGACGCUCCUGUUCCCGGUGUUUGCGCUGAUCGUGGAGUCUGUGCACGGCGAGUCGCAUUUCGUGCUUCUCAGGAAAAACAUCUACAUUCCCUUUGUUUACUUUGUCUGGAACCUCGGCGACCUCAUGGGCCGUGUUCUCUGUGGACGCCUGAAAUCGAGGGUGCUCAUCAGGAACCCGAGGACCCUCAUCACGUACUCCGUGGGCCGAUUGGUGUUUAUUCCCUUGUUCCUCACGUGCAACAUACACCCCCUGGGCAAGCCUCCGGUGUUGUCCUCCGAUGUGUGGUACAUUUUGCUUCAGUUUUUGUUUGGGUUUUCGAAUGGCCAGCUUGUCACGUCCUGCUUCAUGGUGGUCGGCGACCAUUGCGACACGUCUGAGGAGAAGGAGGCCGCCGGCGGAUUCACCUCCGUGUUUUUGAGCGUCGGGCUUGCCGUGGGCAGUAUUCUUAGCUAUUUGUUGGUUUUGCUUGUCGAUUGA